AUGAAUCGUGUACCAUAUGAUCCAGAAGAGGGAAAGGAACUGACUGAACAGACAACAGUAUUGCGAUUGAGGGGAUUGCCAUUUUCCGCUUGCAAGGAUGAUAUUGUGGACUUCUUCAAGGAUUUUGAGUUACCAGAGGACUCUAUUCAUAUGACAGUUAAUUUGGAUGGUAGGCCAACAGGUGAAGCAUUUGUGGAGUUUCCUAGCGUGGAGGAUGCAAAAGCAGCAAUGGCAAAGGAUAGGAUGACACUUGGGAGGCGUUAUAUAGAGCUCUUCCCAUCAUCCCUUGAGGAACUGAAUGAAAUAAUUUCAAGAGGGCGGUGAAACAUUUUUUUUUUCUUAAUGUGCUCUAGCUAUUCUGCAUUUCAAUGAUCUCUAAUGUCUUAGAAUUGAUUGGCACAGUGCUUCCAGUUUUUUUCUUAGUCUAAAGAUUUAAACUUCUUCUUUUGUUGUUUUAGCAGCAAAAAGUAGAUUGAUUGUGCAUUAUUUUAGUUUUUCUUUUGUUGUUUUCAUAUAUAUUAUUUU